GUCUACUCCACUAGCCAGUCACUAAUAGCAGACGUGUAUAAAUUAUACGAUAUACAUAUUAUUAUAUUUUUACUACUUCUAGUUCUACGGAGAAGAAAAACGUAACGACUCAACACAGGUGUAAAUUAAGACUUAAACAACAUGGCGGAACAGACGGAUAAGAUCAACUGUAGUAUCUGUUUAAACGACUUUACAGAACCUAAAAUUAUCGAAUGUGGACAUGGAUUCUGUAUGAAAUGUUUGGAAGAUUAUGUCAGUAGACUUGGUAAAGUUGGUAAAGAUAACAGGUUCCCGUGUCCUUUAUGUCGUCAGGAGGUCAUUGUUCCAGUUGGCGGGAGUAAAACACUUUCUUCCACCAAAGAAAUUGAAUCCAUUAAACGCACGACGACGAAAUGUGAUGUAUGUAAGAGAAAGGUCGAAUCAAAGUUCCAUUGCUUGGACUGUAAGAAAUGUUUUUGUUUAUCCUGUAAACCCCCACAUGAUUCUUUUUUCUCGAAUCAUCAUGUUUCAGAACAAGGUCGUAAUAGAAAAACGACCGAGGGACGUCAGUCAUUUUGUAAUCGUCAUAAAACUGAGAAUGUGGAGUUUUAUUGUAAAGAUUGUUGCCAGACUAUUUGUAAAGAAUGUCAGAUAUCAGAUCACAAAGGUCAUAAAACGUUAAAAAUAAAGCUGUACGGAAAAGAGGCUAUGGCAGAAUUGGAAAAUUUGAAAACAGAAUUUGAAAAAAAGAUGGCAGAACUGACGAAUUAUGUUGAUGAUGUCAACAAAAAGAUUUCCGCUAUAAACACGUCUGUUGCCACAUCCAGUGCUAAAAUUGAUCAACAAGUAAAAACUAUCUGUGAGACUGUCACGAGAAAAGGCAGUGAAUUUAAACUGUAUAUUCAAAACGCGCGCGAAAAGGAAGAAAGAAAGAUGAAGAGGAUUGUUGAAUCGUCAAAAAAUUUCAUUGACCAGUUGCAGGAGUCCGUGCACAAUAUUAACACUAUUUUAAAAGGUGAUUCAAUGUAUGACGUAUUAAAUGAGCUGCCAACCCUUAGAAACCAACGGCGAGAAAAUGAGGCAUAUGAACUAAACAAUUUAUAUGACGUCAGCACGGAAUUCCACCUUGGAGAGAUAAAUACUUCAACUCUUGAUCAAAUGAUAGGAAAGCUAGAAAUAACCCGAAACGUGACGAUUACACACAACUUUAAACACAGUGAAGUAACGAAUGCCUGGGGAUUCAGUCCUGUCUAUAAAGUAGAAGAUAGAUUGUGGCAUUUCAAAGCCAGUCGAAAUCUAAAAUCAUUAUGGUUUUAUUAUCUAAACCUGGGUGUGAUGGUUUAUGGGGAACAUCUCUUAUCAGACAAAACCAAAGUUUCCUUGAAACUUAUCAACAACACCGAUGUCAUGAAAACGGUAGUCAAUACCUCGCCACCCACAACCACGUCAUUAGCCACAGAAUUCAUCUGGAACAAUGCUUACUAUAUGAAUCAAAUGUCGUCAGCUGGAUUUGUAAACAACGAUCAAUUCACUGUCCAGGCAACAAUUGUUGUUACAGACAUAAAGACAUAAUAAUGUUAUCUAUAAAUAGAUCGUGUAUAAUAAUUGUAUACUCGCCCAGGUAUAACAUGAUAUAUAUUAUGAUCACUAUGAAAUGUGUAUUCAUAGUUUAGUAUAACCGUUGUUAUAAAAUAUAUUGUUCAGUAUAACCAUUGCUAUAAAAUAUGUAACAGUGUAACCUUUGUUAUAACAUAUACAGCCCAUUCUGUGAUUUUCAUGUGGACGUAUAUUGUCGUCGCCCCUGUCCGUCCGUCCACAGUUGUUUGUUAACAGUCUACAGGUCACAAUUUUUAUCCGAUUUCAAUGAAACUUGAAAUAUAGGUUUAUCACCCUAAGAUCUCUGUUCCGUUCGAUAUUUGCAUGUAUCGGACUGUAACUUCAUGGAUUAUGGCCCCUGAUUGUACGAAAAAUCACGUUUUUAGCUAUCUAUCCGAUUUGGUUUAAACUUGCUUAUAACCCAAAGAUCUCGGGUCCUUUCUAUAUUCGCGCAUAUCGGAACGUAACUUCCUGAAUUAUGGCCCCUGAUUGUACGAAAAAUCGCGUUUUUAGCUUGUGGACACUAUAGAGGUCAUAACUUUUAUCGGAUUUCGUGAAAAUCGGCCCAAAACUGACAGACGGCCGCCGUUCGUUCUCAAAUAGCGUAAAAAUAUGGUAUAUCAAGGUUGUGGACCCUAUAGAGGUCACAAUUUUUAUCCGAUUGUGUUGAAACUUGAAAUGUAAGUUUAUAACCCAAACAUCUCGGUUCCUUUAGAUAUUUGCGCAUAUCGGACCGUAAAUUCCUGAAUUAUGGCCCCUGAUUGUACGAAAAAUUGCGUUUUUUAGCUUGUGGACACUAUAGAGGUCCUAAUUUUUAUCCGAUUUAAAAACCGUAUUAUUAUAUCACCGUUACACCCUAAGGACGGCUGAGUUACAAUUUCGUAAAAAUCGGCCCAAAACUGACAGACAAAAUGGCCGCCCCUCGUUCUCAAAUAGCGUAAAAAUAUGGUAUAUCAAGGUUGUGGACCCUAUAGAGGUCACAAUUUUUAUCCGAUUUUGUUGAAACUUGAAAUGUAAGUUUAUAACCGAAAGAUCGAGGUUCCUUUCGAUAUUCGCGCAUAUCGGAACGUAAUUUCCUGAAUUAUGGCCCCUGAUUGUACGAAAAAUCGCGAUUUUGGCUUUUGGACCCUAUAGAGGUCACAAUGUUUAUCCGAUUUAAAAAAAACGUAUUAUUAUAUCACCGUUACACCCUAAGGAUGACUGAGUUCGAAUUUCGUGAAAAUCGGACCAAAAUUGACAGACAAAAUGGGCGCCCUUUGUUCUCAAAUGGCGUAAAAAUAUGGUAUAUCAAGGUUGUGGACCCUAUAGAGGUCACAAUUUUUAUCUGAUUUUGUUGAAACUUGAAAUGUAAGUUUAUAACCCAAAUAUCUCGGUUCCUUUCGAUAUUUGCGCAUAUCGAAUUUUAAUUUCCUGAAUUAUGACCCUUGAUAAUAGGAAAAAUCACUUUCUUUUUAGCUUGUUCUCUAUCCAUCUCUCGAAAAUGUGGGCGUAUCCUGCCUGGCAGCCGCUGUGGGUUUUUUUUUUGUUUCUCUUCUGAGAUUCUGGCGUUAUGCCGGUUAAACGAGAUACUAACUUGUUCAUACGGGAUACUAACUCGUCCAAACGAUAUACUAACUCGGCCAAACGAGAUAAUAACUCGGCCAAACCAGAUACUAACUCGUUCAAACCAAAUACUAACUCGUUAAAACUAGUUGCUAACUUCGUAUAUUUAACUUAUUCGGUUUAGAAGAAUUUAUCAGAGAACGUAUUUUUUUAGAAAAAAGAACUAUUUUAGCAGCACUUGAGCGCGAUGUUAUUAAGUUGUGCAUUCACUGCGAAAUAACAGUACAAUUGAAUUUUUUUAAAUUGAACACAUUUCAGAAUGUCGACUGCG